AUGGAGCCUGAGCCGGAGCGAGCGGAGGCGCCGCGGAAAGGCGGCGUGGCCGGGGUACUAAGGAUGGGCCGUCGAGCCCGCCAAGACCUCUUUGCAGAUGAAAAUCUCAGCAGGAAGAAUUCCCCGUCUGCUUCUCUCGGAGAGGAUGAAGACUCUCAGGAAAAGGUUGACCAUGUUCCACCACCUAAACCCCCACGCCGGCAAGGGGGCUGGGCAGAUGAUCCUGUACUGGCACCUACCAAGUCAGGAAGAAAGCAUGCAGAAGAAGUUGAAGACCAUCGUCUCAGACAGCAGAGCCUGGAGGCAUCAGAUGAUGGAGGAGACAUUCCUGUGAUCCCUGACUUGGAGGAUGUCCAGGAGGAAGAUCUUGCCAUGCAAGUGGCAGCUCCCCCCAGUGUGCAGGUGAACCGAGUGCUGACCUACCAUGACCUGGACAAAGAUCUAAUGAAAUAUGCUGCUAUCCAGACUCUGGAUGGGGAGGUAGACCUGAAGCUCCUCACCAAAGUUUUGGCUCCAGAGCAUGAACUACGAGAGGAUGAUGUCAGCUGGGAUUGGGACCAUCUCUUCACAGAGGUGUCAUCAGAACUAGUGACUGAGUGGGACCUGGGACAGUCAGAGAGGGAGGACCACCUCAGUCUCCCAUAG